AUGGUUAAAUCUAAGUCAAGAAAUAAUAAGAUAAAAGUAAAUAUCGAUGAAAUUCUUCGAAUUGGUUCAAUAAUGGAACGUAGCAAUAUCCGACAACAAAGUAGGGAAGCAUUCGAUUGGUUGGCAGAAAAUCGUGACGAAAUGGAUAAUAAUCCAAAAAAUUUUGCAAAUCACUUAAUUACUGCAGUUGGCGACUUGGUCAUGCAAAAAUUGAUGAAAGAUGGAAUUGUCACAUUGAAUGAGUAUGAGCGAAAUUUUCGACGUUUUGAAGAUUCUACCGAUGAACAAUUACCAACAGUAGUACUUAUCUCUUAUAUGCUUAAAGAAAAUUGUGCAUAUUUUCAAGUUGGUUGA